AUGUUAGGUUUGUUUAUUGCAUUUUUGUGAUUUUCUAACAUUUUUUGAGUGUCAUGUUCCUUUAAAAAUUCAUCUACAGUAGGAAAUCAUUGAUUUUUGAAAAUUAUCCACUACAGUAAUCCUAGAUUUUUCAAAUAUUCCUGAACCUUUAAAAUUAUCUACAGUAACCCUUUAAUCGUGUUCCUUUAAAAAUUCAUCUACAGUACCCCUAGGAUUUUUGAAGCCUAGAUACAGUACUCUUCUGGGGAUUCAUUGAACUCUUAUGUACCUUUGAAAUUAUCUACAGUACCUCUCGAGAAAUUAUCGAAUUUCUAACAUUUUUGGGUCCUGAACCUUUAAAAAGCAUCUACAAUACCCCAAGACUCCGAUUUUUGAGUCUAGCUACAGUACCUCUUAAGAAAUUAUCGAUUUUUCAUUUAGAAAUUUUAUUAUCUCCCUUUAAAAUCAUCUACAGUAAUCCAUGAGGAAUUUUUCAAUUGUGCACUGUUAAAAUCACCUACCGUAACCCUAACAAUUUUUUCAUGAUCCUUUAAACUGUACUCUCCCCUCUUCUUCCCUUCACUAAUAUAAAUGUCCCCAUUUGUUGCAGCCAGUGCACGUCGUUUCGUUUCGAGCUCAUUUGCUGCAAUGUCUUCAGUCUACGGAAUAACUGUCAAAGAUGCGCAAGGAAAAGACACAAAUCUCGAGAAAUACAAGGGAAAAGUGUUGAUUAUUGUGAAUGUUGCAUCGCAAUGCGGAUUGACCAACUCGAAUUAUACACAAUUGAAAGAGUUGUUGGAUCAGUGAGUGAAGUUUUGGGUGGAUUUUGAGCCAAAAUUUGGAAUUUUUGAAGAAUUUUGAGCUGAAAUUUGAGAUUUUUGAUUAAUUUUAAGCUGAAAUUCGGGAUUUUUGAUGAAUUUUGAGCUGGAGACCUUGAAAAAUGCGAAAAUUUCACUGUAAAAAUGGUUCUGAAGCUUCUAAAGUAACGUAGAAUGUUUUUGGCUCAAAAAUUGAUUUUUUCGGACCAUUUCGAGCUGAAAUUUAGGAUUUUCGCAGAAUUUCGAGAAAAAAAAUUCACUGUUUCAAGAAAUUGAUUAUUGAAAAUAGGAAAAUUUGUGUUUUGAUGUCGCUUAUGUCUGAGGAGUAAAUACCUAAAAAUAAUCCCAAAAAAUCUACUGUUUCAAAAAAUUUGUUUGAAAAAAAAUGUUUUGAUAAUUUAUUAUUACAUUUUUACUUUGCGUGUCAAUUUUUCGGAAAAUCAAAAAAAAUAUUUGAAAAAUAUUAUUUUAAGGUAAUAUUUUUUUUCUGAAUUCAAAAUUUUAGUUUAGAAACCUCAAAACCAUCCCAUAUUUGUUCCAGAUACAAAGAUCAAGGUCUCGAAGUCGCCGCGUUCCCAUGCAAUCAAUUUGGCGGACAAGAACCAUCGUGUGAAAUCGACAUUGCUUCUUUCGUCGCCGACAAAUUCAAAUUCGAACCCGAUUUGUUCCAAAAAAUCGAUGUGAAUGGGGAUAAUGCGAGCCCAUUGUACAAAUAUUUGAAAAAGGAGAAGGGCGGCACUUUGAUUGAUGCAAUCAAGUGGAAUUUCACCAAAUUUUUGGUGGAUAGAAAUGGAAAUGUUGUUAAGAGGUGGGGUUUUAGUCAAUUAAUUUUAAAAUUCAAAAAAAAAAGAAAAAGCAAAAAUUGUUGAAAAAAAAUUUCUUUAAAAUUGGAAACGUAAAUUUUUCAUUAAAAAUAUGUAGAUCAAGAAAACAAACGAGAAAAUUUUUUUUAAACAAAUUUAUCAUGAAAUUUUGAAACAGGAAAUUUUGAAACAGAUUAAUUUUUUGACAAAAAUUGUUCAAAAUUUAGAAAAGCUGUAUGCAAUUGUUCAUUUUUUUCAUUAAACAAAUCAUUAAAUUUUGAAACAGUGCUUAAAGACUUCAAUGUUUUCCCCAAAUUAUGAUAUCAGCAUCAGAAUUUUCUGAUUUACAAAAAAUUAUUCUUGAAAAUUUGAAACAGUAAAUUUUUCAUGCAUCUAACGAGAAAAAUUGUUUUGAACAAAUUUAUCAGGAAAGUUUGAAACAGUAAUUUUUUUAAAUAGAAAUAUUCAAUUUUUUUCCAAAGUAAAUAAAAUUUUCUGAUUUUCAAAAAAAAAUUUUCUCCAAAAUUUGAAAAAGUGAAUUUUUCAUAACGAAAUAGAUCCAAAAAUUGAAACGAAGAAAAUUUUUUUGAGCAAAUUUAUCAUGAAAUUUUGAAACAGUAAAAAUUUUUUUUUGGAAUAAUUCAAGUUUUAUGAAUUUUUACCUGAAAUUUCGAGAGCUUUUAUGAAUUUUCAGAAAAUAAUUGUUCAAAACACUGAAUGAAAAAUUUUUAAUUCAACAAAUUUAUCACAAAGUUUUGAAAGGUAAUUUUUUUUGCGAAAAAAAUUCAACACCAAAGGAAAUUUUCUUGAACAAAUAUAUCAUGAAAUUUUGAAACAGUAAAGUUUUUUUUUUGAAAUAAUUCAAGUUUUAUGAAUUUUUACUUGAAAAUUCGAGAGUUUUGAUGAAUUUUCAGAAAAUAAUUUUCUGAUUUUCAAAAAAUUGUUCUUUGAAAUUUAAAACAGUGAAUUUUUCAAAAUAUAAUAGAUUCAUAACCCAAACGAGAAAAAAUUUUAUUCAACAAAUUUAUCAUGAAAUUUUGAAACUUAAAUUUUCCUGCACAAAAAUUUUUAAAAAAAUUUUUGGAAGAGUUUGAACUGUUUUAUGAAUUUCACCUGAAAAUUUGAGAUUUCUGGUUUAUUUUGAGCCUAAAUUCAUGAAAAUUCAUUAAUUCUACAAUGUAGAAAACUAUCUAACAAACAAUUUUGAUUAAAUAAAUCUAUCAAAAAAAUCUGAAACAGUAAAUUUUUUAUGAAUGAUCCAGAAUUUUUCAUUCAAUUCUUUCAAGAGUUUUAUGAAUUUUACCUGAAAAUGAUUUGGUUAAAGCAAUAAAAAAUUGUUAAUUUUUAAAAAUUUCAUAAAAGUUUGAAACAGUAAAUUAUUUUUUGAAGAAAAAAAAUCUAAGACAAAUUUUUAAUUGAAAAAUUCUAUCAGUAAUUUUUGACAAUUUUCAAUCAAGAUGCAGUAACAGAAUCAAAAUUUCCUGAUUUUUCAAAAAAUCAUUCUUGAAAUUUUGAAACAGUGAAUUUUUCUGAAUCCAAAAUUUUUUUCAGAUUUGGCCCAACCACCGAACCAAAAGACAUGAAAAAGGACAUCGAGGCGGCUCUCGCUGCACCAGCAAAGCUUUAA